CACAAGCUUAGCUAAAGCCUAGCAGGGUGCCGUUCCCCUUUGCUCUUUCUUUACGUGAACAAUGUCCUCAGACGGCACUCUUGUGGUUUCAGAAGUUGAUAGUGCUGCUAAAUCACAGAAACAAGGAAUGAGGAGAAGGAGGGCACAACAGAGCCCAUUCAAAGUGCCAGAUAAUAACAGCAUUUUUCUGCUUGGUGCACAUGAAAGAAGGGAACGGAAAGAGGAGAUGCGUAAAUUUCUGGCACUGCCAAUUGAAGAGAAGACGACCCACGCUGCAAGAAUGAUGGCCAACCUGAAGAAUGAGGUGGUGGGAGAACUGGGGGAGGAGGAGGAAAAUGAGAGGAAGAAGAAGGCUAAGCAAAUCAAGAGUAACAUGGUUCUCCCUAAGCAAACAUCAGACAGACAUGAGCUAAAAAUUGCCAUGAUGAAAGAAGAUAAGAGGAGGCGGGACAACAUCACAGAAGAAAGCAAACACAACUUAAUCUUCAUGGCACGGCAGCAGGCAGUGUUGGAGUUAUCUCUGAUGACAAAAAGGGAGGAGAUUUUGAGGAUGGACAAGGUUUUAGCAAAAGAGGAGAAAAAGCUGAAAGAGCUUGAAAAGAUCAUGGAGAGAGACAACCACAAGUUUGAAGAGUUUCUCAGGGAGAAUGAAAGGAAGUCUGUAGAAGCCAGAACGCUGUUUGAACAGGAGGACAAGUCCAAACAGGAGAAGACGGCUGAGAUUAGGAAGCUAACUGCUGAAAUAGGCGCAAUAAAAAGUGAAAUGAUCAAGUUUGAAGAUGUCCUGGUAGACUACAAGAGAUACCAGAAGUUUUUAUUUAAGAUUUCUCCCCCGGAGUGGCAGGAAGAACAGAAGAAAAAGGCCUUGAAGGCUGAAGUUCUGCCUGACGGAGAUAGACAGGACGACCAGGGCAAUGAGGCUGAGGAUGCCAAAAAAGGUUUGGAGAGCAAGCUGUCCAGUUCAAGUGGAGACCUGUCGUCCAUCAGAGACACCAGGCCUCCCUCGGCUCGCAGCGACACUCGGGGCAUAAAUUCUAAAGUGGAAGGUGACGGAUCAGAAUUUGAGGAUGAGCCAGAGCUGUACUUCACUCAUCCCCAGCAGCUACUGGAUCUGAUGGCGGAGCUGACGGAGCAGAACUUGUCCCUGAUUCAGAACUCUGCCCGGGUGGAGGAAGCCCUCGAGAAGCUCAGACAGCUGGUGGAGAAAACCAGGACGAAGAUCCAAAAGGAUGAAGAGCAGUUGGAACACCAGACAGACUACAUGAACCAGAAAAUUGACAAGGAGAAGAAGAGAAGUGCCAAACUCGAGCUAAAGAUUCAACUCCACGUGUCUCUGAGCACAGAAGACCAGGAUGUGAUGUUGGAUGCCCUCAGUGAGAAGGUGGCAGAGGUGCACCGGAGCUGUGUAGACGACAGGAUGACAAACCUCAGCACCCUGGAGAAGGUGGCCAACAUCGAGAACUGUAUGAUUUCACUGCUGCAGGGACUGGAGAGCAUCCCUGAGGAGAAACUGGCGAUGAUGAUGAAGAUCAAGGAAAGCGAGAAGAGGACCAGGCAGCGUGAAGAAAAGCUGAGAGAGCAGAGAGAGAAACAACAAGAAAGGAUGCGGCGGUACAUGGAGCGAUCACUAGCUGACUCAAAGAAAAUAAGCGGCAGGAAGCUCAUGCCCAGAUGCAUGCCUGUCGCCCAGAAAGUCAAAGUCAUCACUGUGGACGACAGCCCUACUGAGGACGAAAUCAACGAAUACCUCUUUGGCACAGAGGACACAGAGUAAAAAAAAAGAAGAGGGAAGAAACACGAUGCAGGGGAGGAAGAGACCACACUUUAUCAGACAGUGCUGAAGGUUUUAUCUCUCAUCUCAUAAUGUAUUGUCUGGAGUCCUGGGAUAUAAUAGACAAAAAACACAUGUUAGCUUUAACCCUUUAUCA